CAAUGUAAAUCAUCAACAUGGAUUGUUUCAAUAUGGUAUCUUCCUCUAUUUAGUGAUCUAGAGAUUGUUUCUUGUUUUUUUUUUUUUUUGCAUUCUAAGGAGAAGAGGUGAUCGAAACCAACCACACGGGAGGAGCUUAUGCCAUUUUCCUCCCCGUGGAAGGUCUAACAAUCACACGUCUCCUAAUCUCGUACGUCUUCUUAGGUUUUGAAGAAUGGAAAAUUUAAGGAGGUUGUCAAACCCGGGAAAUUUCGGAUUCAUUGGAAGAUCACAAUCACGAGUUCCCCAAAAAAACAUGGAAAAUAACAUUUCUCCUCCUAAUAAUAUGCACCACCAUAGUGCUUCUUUAGAUGAUCUUUUCACAGAAGACCAACCAGCUUGGCUCGAUGAGCUCCUAAGUGAGCCAGCAUCACCUAAGAUUAACAAAGGUCAUAGACGUUCAGCUAGUGACACAGCUGCUUACUUGAACUCAGCUUUAAUGCCUUCGAAGGAAAAUCAUGUUGCUGGUUCGUCUUGGCAGUUCCAGAACUAUGAUUUGUGGCAGUCCAACUCUUAUGAACAACACAAUAAAUUAGGAUGGGAUUUCUCUACAGCAAAUGGAACUAAUAUCCAAAGAAAUAUGUCAUGCGGAGCUUUAAAUAUGUCGUCGAAACCCAUUGAGAAACAUGUAAGCAAAAUGAAAGAAGGAACUUCUACAAAACCAGAUGGUCCUAGAUCAAAGACUGACUCAAAACGUAUCAAACAUCAAAAUGCUCAUCGAGCGCGUUUGAGAAGGCUUGAGUACAUAUCAGACCUUGAAAGGACCAUCCAAGUGCUACAAGUUGAAGGAUGUGAAAUGUCAUCUGCCAUUCACUACUUGGAUCAGCAGUUACUCAUGCUUAGCAUGGAAAAUAGAGCUUUAAAACAACGUAUGGAUAGUUUAGCAGAAAUCCAAAAGCUUAAACAUGUGGAGCAGCAAUUGCUUGAGAGAGAGAUAGGAAACCUACAGUUUCGACGACACCAACAACAACCACAGCAAAACCAAAAACAAGUCCAAGCAAUACAAAAUCGAUACAACAAAUAUCAACCACCUGUUACACAAGAACCCGAUGCCCAAUUUGCAGCCUUGGCAAUAUGAUUUAGGAAAUAUGGAUACAUUGUUCAGAUUAAGCUGAGCUCCUCUUGCUCUACCUUAAUGUCCAUACAACAUAGGUGAACUUGAUGUUUGUAGCCUUGAAUGAAAACCUAAAAAAGCAUCGUUAUGUAAAUCAAAAUGUGGUUGCCCAUAUCCUCCUCUAUUGCAUUUCUCUCUAUUUAUGGCAUGGUAGAGAAUCUCUUGUCAAGAAACUUCAUGUUAUGUAAUAACUUGUAAUCCUUCUUAUUUCAUCUAUUAUAUAUAUGAAUAAGUAAUUUUUUUGACAAUUUCC